UGACAUUUUACUUGGUCGGUAAAUACGUCUGAUUAUAGCAUCUUCUUAACUUUCGCUGUUCGUCCGAUAUCGUGCGGACGCUUUUCAAAUUUCGAAUCGUCGUAAGGACGCAGCUUUUUUAAAACACCCCUUACGUGCCACGAGGGAUAUGGCAGUGUAGGUGCGCUAUAUACGACCCUCGAGAAUAUAGUUCGCGGGGGUGAAAGACGGCGCCGGCCGCACCCCGACGUCGCGACAUCAGUCGUCGUCUCGACGGUGCUCAACAAGUUUCUUCCGGGACUUUCUGGUUCAAAAAUUAUUUCUGGUUAUUUCGCUGUUCCGUUGUAGAUAGAAAAAACGUGUAGACAAUUAUCGUUAAAACUGGAACAAAAAUCACCCGCGUCUUGCCGCUAAUUUUACACGCAGUGGUUCUAGACGAAAUGAAGUCUGGACUUAAAAAUGAAGAUAGUUUGGGAGAAGAUUGGUCCUCAACUAAGACAAACGGGGGUAAAAUGAUACGAAGAACGACAAGGAGAACAGAAAGGCUAAAUUUCAAAUCAUCAAGGGCUUCCCGAACGACAACACCAAGAGAAAAAACACUUAGAAGAUUGGAGAGUAAUGAAAGAGAAAGAAUGAGGAUGCACAGUUUGAAUGACGCGUUUCAGUCUUUGAGAGAGGUGAUACCACAUGUCAGUAAAGAAAGACGUUUAUCCAAGAUAGAGACACUUACUUUGGCCAAAAACUACAUAGUGGCUCUGACUGAUGUAAUUUGCGCUAUGAGAAACGACGAGCAAUCAGCAGAUCAAGAAACACCAGAGGGUCCUCAGGAAGGAGUGUCGAACCAAACGAGAACAACGGUUCGCAUAAACAUCAACACGCCAAGCUCUUCGAGAUCUUCAAGCCCUGAUAUGCAGAGUUUUUACGAAAGCAAUGACGAUAAACUACCAUGGGAAGCAAACUCGGACGGUUGUCACACGUUUUGAGAGAAAGAUCAACGAACAAUACUGACUGCUCGAAUAUUUUCAACUUUAAUCAAAUAUGAGAUGAUAAUGACAAAUUUAAGGUAUUAUUAAUAAUUCAGAUGUCUCACAAUUUUGGGAUGUAAUUCUAGUCCUAGGCUAUAAAGAGAAGAAGAAAACUAUAUUAUUAUUCGUACAUAUUUUAGCAAAAUGCACUCGAGUAGUUCCAUUAGUAAAUAUAUAUAUAUAUACACACACUAUGCCUCGUUUGUACCAAGUAUAUAUUGUUUAAAGGUGUUGAAAGGAUGGCAGGUUGAGUUAUAAAUUACUUGCACAAUCCGUGUUUUUCAUAUUUUGUUACGUGAUUUUCAUCUGAGUGUGAUAAUAGUUUGAUUUGUAGCUAAUCAGUGAGAGCAUUUUGCACUACUCAUAUGUAUAUUUUAGGAGUGCAAGGCGUAUCA